GAGGGGGCGGGGUUUGCGCGGUCCCGUUUCCCGCGGGAUCGCGGCUCCCGUUCCUGCCGGGCAUCGCUCCCGGUGCCGCGUCCGCCCAUGGACAGGUUCGUGGUUAAACUGCCCCGCGAGCAGCAGGAGGAUGGAGGUAGUGGUGGGAAGAGGCCGCGGCUGGAGAAGCCCGGCCCGGAGCGGCCGCCGCCGCGGGAGAUCCGCGCCGAGGGGCUCUGCUGUGAUUACCGCAUCCUCUUCGGCAAGGCCGAGGCGGACGAGAUCUUCCAGCAGCUGGAGAAGGAGGUGGAGUAUUUCGAAGAUGAGGCGACAAAGCUGCAGGUGUUUGGCACGUGGCACAAGAUUCCCAGGAGGAAGGUGACCUACGGGGACCCUGGCUUGUCCUACACCUACUCAGGGGUCACGUUCCAGCCCAAGCCCUGGAUCCCGGUGCUGACGCGGAUCCGGGAGCGCGUCACCGCCGAGACGGGGCACUCCUUCAACUUCGUCCUCAUCAACAGGUACAAAGACGGCCUGGACCACAUCGGGGAGCACCGUGACGACGAGAAGGAGCUGGCUCCCCUCAGCCCCAUCGCCUCGGUGUCCUUCGGGGCCUGCCGGGAUUUCGUGUUCCGCCGCCGGGGCCGGCCGGGGGCUGCGGGCCCCGCCAGGAUCAGCCUGGCGCUGGCCCAUGGCAGCCUGCUGCUCAUGAGGCACCCCACCAACCUGCACUGGCACCACAGCCUGCCCCCGCGCAGGAGGGUGCUGGCCCCCAGGGUCAACCUCACCUUCAGGAACGUCCUGCCCGCGUCCCAGCGGGGCAACGUGCAGCCUCGGGGCGCUGCAAAGUGAAUUCAGCUCCUGCUGGGGCUGUGGGGUCAGCUGGUGCAGCAGGUGAAUUGUGGAUUCACCUCCUGGGCCGUCACCUAAUGGACAGAAUUUGGUCAUUUUGCUGCUGAAGCCUGACCACUGAUCUGGUUUUCCUCUGGGAAACG